GUCUUUGAUCUCCAUGACAACACAUUGAAGAGAACACGUCAGACUGAAAGUGAAACAGAAGCCGCAGGUGAUGGAUUGAAAAAAUAAUAACAGAAAGGAAUCAGUGAAUUAGUGUUGAUGGAAUGAUGGCCAUUAUCAUGGAAAACAAUGGAGAGCAGUAUCAUGCAUCAUGGCGCCUCAUCCAGCCGGAGAAAAGGCAGUGCCCCCAGACGUCGCCCGCCACAGCCGUCGACGCCACAGCCGUCGACGCCACAGCCGUCAACGUCACAGCCACAGCCGUCGACGCCACAGCCGUCGACGUCACAGCCACAGCCGUCGACGUCACAGCCACAGCCGUCAACGUCACAGCCACAGCCGUCGACGUCACAGCCACAGCCGUCGACGCCACAGCCGUCGACGUCACAGCCACCACCACGACCACCGCCACGACUGCCGUCACGGCGGCCGUCACAGCCACCGUCACAGCCACGACCACGACCGCCGCCACGACCGCCGCCACGACCGCCGCCACGACCGCCGCCACGACCGCUGCCACGACUGACGUCACGGCGGCCGUCACAGCCACCGUCACGACCGCCGUCACAGCCGACCCCUUCCACUUCACGCCAGCCAGGGCCCGCACCUCCCAGGAGGAGGAGGAGGUUUCGUCCGGGCACCAGGGCCCUGCAGGAGAUCAGAAAGUACCAGAGGACGACCAACCUUCUCAUCCCCAAAGCGCCGUUCUGUCGCCUGGUGAGGUCCGUGAGGUGUGUCAGAAGUUGGGCAGAGGGUCUCUCAGGUGGCAGGUGAUGGCUCUGAUGGCCAUGCAUGAGGCAGCUGAGGCCUUCCUGGUCAUGGUGUUGUCCGACGCCUACUUGUGCACCUUACACGCCAACAGGGUCACCUUGUUCAACAAAGACGUGCAGCUGGCCCGCAGGAUCCGAGGAAUAGAUGACAUUUAACUCUUUUCUCUUUUGCUUAGUUAGGUUAGGUUAGCUGGCAACCAUUUUAAACAUUGUGUCUCUAUCUUGUUGUGUUGUGUCUCUAUCUUGUUGUGUUGUGUCUCUAUCUUGUUCUGUUGUGUCUUUAUGUUGCUGUGUCUCUAUGUUGUUCUGUUGUGUCUUAAUGUUGCUGUGUCUCUAUGUUGUUCUGUUGUGUCUUUAUGUUGUUGUGUCUCUAGGUUGUUCUGCUGUGUCUUUAUGUUGCUGUGUCUCUAUGUUGUUCUGUUGUGUCUUAAUGUUGCCGUGUCUCUAUGUUGUUCUGUUGUCUUUAUGUUGUUGUGUCUCUAGGUUGUCCUGUUGUGUCUUUAUGUUGCUGUGUCUCUAUGUUGUUCUGUUGUCUUUAUGUUGUUGUGUCUCUAGGUUGUCCUGUUGUGUCUUUAUGUUGCUGUGUCUAUGUUGUUCUGUUGUCUUUAUGUUGUUGUGUCUCUAUGUUGUUCUGUUGUGUCUUUAUGUAGUAGUGUUGUGUCUUUAUGUUGUUGUGUCUCUAUGUUCUGUUGUGUCUUUAUGUUGUAGUGUUGUGUCUUUAUGUUGUUGUGUCUCUAUGUUGUUCUGUUGUGUCUUUAUGUUGUUGUGUCUCUAUGUUCGGUUGUGUCUCUAUGUUGUUCUGUUGUGUCUUUAUGUAGUAGUGUUGUGUCUUUAUGUUGUUGUGUCUCUAUGUGCUGUUGUGUCUUUAUGUUGUAGUGUUGUGUCUUUAUGUUGCUGUGUCUCUAUGUUGUUCUGUUGUGUCUCUAUGUUGUAGUGUUGUGUCUUUAUGUUGUUGUGUCUCUAUGUUCGGUUGUGUCUCUAUGUUGUACUGUUGUGUCUUUAUGUAGUAGUGUUGUGUCUUUAUGUUGUUGUGUCUCUAUGUGCUGUUGUGUCUUUAUGUUGUAGUGUUGUGUCUUUAUGUUGCUGUGUCUCUAUGUUGUUCUGUUGUGUCUCUAUGUUGUAGUGUUGUGUCUUUAUGUUGUUGUGUCUCUGUGUUGUUCUGUUGUGUCUUUAUGUAGUAGUGUUGUGUCUUUAUGUUGUUGUGUCUCUAUGUGCUGUUGUGUCUUUAUGUUGUAGUGUUGUGUCUUUAUGUUGUUGUGUCUCUAUGUUGUUCUGUUGUGUCUUUAUGUUGUUGUGUCUCUAUGUUCGGUUGUGUCUCUAUGUUGUUCUGUUGUGUCUUUAUGUAGUAGUGUUGUGUCUUUAUGUUGUUGUGUCUCUAUGUGCUGUUGUGUCUUUAUGUUGUAGUGUUGUGUCUUUAUGUUGCUGUGUCUCUAUGUUGUUCUGUUGUGUCUCUAUGUUGUAGUGUUGUGUCUUUAUGUUGUUGUGUCUCUAUGUUCGGUUGUGUCUCUAUGUUGUUCUGUUGUGUCUUUAUGUAGUAGUGUUGUGUCUUUAUGUUGUUGUGUCUCUAUGUGCUGUUGUGUCUUUAUGUUGUAGUGUUGUGUCUUUAUGUUGCUGUGUCUCUAUGUUGUUCUGUUGUGUCUCUAUGUUGUAGUGUUGUGUCUUUAUGUUGUUGUGUCUCUGUGUUGUUCUGUUGUGUCUUUAUGUAGUAGUGUUGUGUCUUUAUGUUGUUGUGUCUCUAUGUGCUGUUGUGUCUUUAUGUUGUAGUGUUGUGUCUUUAUGUUGCUGUGUCUCUAUGUAGGUCUGUUGUGUCUUUAUGUUGCUGUGUCUCUGUUGUUCUGUUGUGUCUUUAUUUUGUUGUGUCUCUAGGUUGUGCUGUUGUGUCUUUAUGUUGUUGUGUCUCUAUGUUGUUCUGUUGUGUCUUUAUGUUGCUGUGUCUCUAUGUUGUUCUGUUGUGUCUUUAUGUUGCUGUGUCUCUAUGUUGUUCUGUUGUGUCUUUAUGUUGUUGUGUCUCUAUGUUGUUCUGUUGUGUCUUUAUGUUGCAGUGUCUCUAUGUUGUUCUGUUGUGUCUUUAUGUUGCUGUGUCUCUAUGUUGUUCUGUUGUGUCUUCAUGUUGUUGUGUCUCUAUGUUGUUCUGUUGUCUUUAUGUUGUUGUCUCUAUGUUCUGUUGUGUCUUUAUGUUGUAGUGUUGUGUCUUUAUGUUGCUGUGUCUCUAUGUUGUUCUGUUGUGUCUUUAUGUUGUUGUGUCUCUAUGUUGUUCUGUUGUGUCUUUAUGUUUUAGUGUUGUGUCUUUCUGUUGUUGUGUUGUGUCUUUAUGUUGUCGUCUUGUGUCUUUAUGUUGUAGUGUUGUGUCUUUCUGUUGUUGUGUUGUAUCUUAAUGUUGUCGUCUUUAUGUUGUAGUGUUGUGUCUUUCUGUUGUAGUGUUGUGUUGUGUCUUUAUGUUGUUGUGUUGUGUCUUAAUGUUGUGUUGUAAAGUUGUUGUGUGGUCUUUGUGUUGUUGUGUUGUGGUGUGUAAUGAAUGAUCUGGGCCAUGGUACAUAUUUGUCUUUGAGGUAUUGUGCUCCUUCUGUUCUGGUCCUGUUUUGGGCGCUGAUUUGCACACACUUUCUUUGAUUAAUGUUACGCUGCUUUACUGAGUUAGUAAGUUAGUUCUUAGUAACAUCCCCCAAACAACCUUCUUCAUAAUAAUCAAAUGACCCCUUCAAAUCCAGGGGGAUAAAAGGGCGCUACAGAAACAAUCUUUUGUACAAGAGGAAUGGGAAAUUAGCAUGUUUGAAAAUAGUUGUACAAUUUCCCACUGUCUGUGAAGCAUGCAUUCAAAGUUGUGUUGUAUUUUUGAAACACACUUCUUAACAACAGUAUUUAUCUUUCCAUUUAAAAAUGUGUUGAUAUUUUUUCACAUAAAAAUAAAGCGUUAAAAAC